AUGGCCGCUCAGGUCGCAACCGCAGCCGCGAAGACAGAUGCCAAGGUCGCGACUCAUAGCUCAUCACAGGCCAUUGCUUUGGCCGUAACUCAAAUACUCUCUGGUCAAGAUCCCGACGACUACUGCACAAAAUAUCAGCCGCUCUAUAGAGUAAAACCUGAUUGUGUGGUAGAAUUUCCUGAUAGAAAAAAUUACAAUGAAUUCCCUGUGGUAUGCCCUGUUCAUGGAAUACUGUGUAAGCCGGGGGAAGGUGCGUUUAAGAAAGGAAAACCGAAGGAGUGUGCCUACGGUUGCCCGAAGCACUGUCCACCGAAGGGGACUGGAUUGCCCUCAUUUUACGCCUUUGGAGUCCCCAAGGCCAAGGACUCUAUCCAGGAGUACCUGGAUUACGUUUGGAAGUAUGGUCUUGCCUUUCCACCACCACCGAAGCCAAUAUCUGGGGGCGCCUCCGACAAACUGGCGAACCAGUUGCUACCUUUACGUGGUAAUUCGUUGGCAUGUCGGCCUAGGAGCCCGUGUGUGGUAGGUAGCCAUUCAGUAAGAGCUAGAAGGCCAGAGGAGUGUGAUCGUCCUGAAACACCAAUCGAAAAUGUCUCGCUAACACAUGUCUACCACUAUGUCAAGGACCUCGGAGUUGAGAACGAGGAGUGGAAACUGUUCUAUUCUCAGCUGUGUCGCGUCAAGCCAGAAGGAUUUGUACAGAGACCAAUUGCUCAAGACGUUUAUGUUUGCCGGAAGCCCAAACAUAAACAGGAACUACUGGUUAAACUAUUGCCGAAUAACAAGUGCUUCAUUUAUAACAUCAAUUACAAUGACUUCUUCGGCCAGCCAGACGUGCACUAUGCGGACCAAGUGAUGGAGUUUAAUCACAAUUAUCUAGAAGAUGCACCACAACCAUACACAUCAUCUCAUGCGGAUUCGAUGGACAAAUUUAUCCUUCGUCUUAGGCCAUGUCCGUACUUACGUUGGCUUACCCUCCGCGUUUACGAGUGUGCGAUAAUUAAUGAAUUUACACUGCCAAGGAAGACCAUGAACAACAUGCGAAGUCAUCGGGACCUGGGAUUCACUAUUCACAAAGGUCGGAUCACAGCGGUCGAUCAUGACUCGCCCGCGAAGAUCGCGGGCUUUGAACCGGACUAUCACAUAAUAGAGGUCGAUCGUCAGAAUGUCGUCCGAUGUCCUGACUCGCAAAUUAUUCGGCUCAUGCGAACGGCCCUCAAUACAAAUCGUCAAAGACGAUGUGAGGUCGUGGUUCUACAUGAACGGAUCUAUCAGACUCUUGAGGAGCCGAAAGUUGGUAAACUUCACAGGAUCAUCUGUAACAAGGGCUUCCACCUCGACCGCUGGGUCAGACUCAGCCCAUAUGGACUUGAGUAG